UUUAUUAUUCAAAGUAAUAAAUAACCGGUCUAAAAAAUUACUAUGGUGAGUUUGUAGUCUUUUAAGAAAUCUUUAAUCUUUUCAUUUAAAAGUUCGUGAGACACGCCAAGUAAAUGAAAAUACGAUAGUAGUGCACCCGAGGCUCUUUUCUCAAUGAAUAUUAACGAACUCUUACACAUAAACAUUUGAAUGAUAGGGAACAGUAUUUAUUUUAUCCUUAAAUAUGUAGAAAAUUUCCGAACCAUAUAACCAGAUGUAAACAUUGAUUCUACAGAGUUUUAAUUAUGUAAAAUUUUUCAUUGCUAUCAUCAACUUUUUUGAGAACAAAAUAUAUGAGCGAAUAUGUUAGCGUAUGCCUUGGAAUAAAAAAAACAAGACAUUCUGUAUAGGAAAAUAAAAGCAAAACAUAUACGUCGAUCUUGUUUCGGAUGACAUAAAAGAAAAAGAGGUUUUGUAUUGUUGUAAAUACACGAUCAAAUGUGAACAUUUAUCGAUAGAAAUGUGAACUUAAAAUCAUAUCCUUUUAUCACGUUUAUAUUUGAUUGUUAUUUGUUGCUAUUUAUUGUGAGGUUGGUAUGGAAGGAAUAUUAAAAAGGAAGAUAUCAAUAUUUAGAGGUUAUCAAGACAGAUGGUUUCUCUUGACAAAAGAUGGAUUAAUGAGACAAUAUGAGAAAAAGCCAAGUAGUGCAACACAAAAGGCUAAAUGGGAAAUGCAUGUCAUGCUCGCUGAUAUCGACCAGAAAAAAGACGGACUGCGUUUCAAUAUAACUUCUAAUAAUGGGCAAAACAUAAAAUUAAAAGCACAAUCGGAAGAUGAAAGGGAGAAGUGGAUUGAAUGCCUUAAGAAGUGGAAUUCCAAUGAUGCUGAAGACGAUGAAGAUGCUUUCUCAAGCGACAGCAACCAAGAAGUACGUUAUGAUGAACCUGAGCCAAGUAAAGGUACUCGGAAGAGAAUGGAAAGUGAUGCUGAUAUUUUGGAGAAGUUCAAAGAGAUCACUAUAUUAAAAAAAAAAAAAGAUUAUACAAUGGUGGCAGCAAUCGAUUUCGGAUCAGCUUAUUCCGGUUGUGCCCUUUCAACGACAAACAGUUUCAUCAAAAACCCACUUGAAAUACUUAAUAUGGGACUAGACCAGAAAGGAAAUGAGUCUUUAAAAGUCCCGACAGUGCUUCUCUUAAAUCCCGAUAGGAAAUUUGUAGCAUUUGGACAUCGGGCAGAAGAUCAAUAUACUGAUUUACUGGAGAAAACACCAGACGAAGCACACAAGUGGUAUUACUUUAGCAGAUUCAAAAUGCAGCUGUACAAUAAUAUGACACUAAAGAAAUCAAUGACUAUUAAAGACAUUACUGGGAAUAAUGAAUUGAAAGCAGUAGAAGUAUUUGCCUUCUGUAUAGAGUAUAUAUGGAACACGCUAUUUCGACGGGCUAAAGAGCAAAUUACGAAUCUAAAUGAAGAGGACAUUCAUUGGGUCCUCACAGUUCCGGCUAUUUGGAGCGAGAAUGCACGACAAUUCAUGAUUGAAGCUGCAAAAAAGGCUGGAAUAGACGAAGAACGUUUAACACUUGCACUAGAACCAGAGGCGGCCGCAUUUUAUUGCAAGAGCGACGAGAUACAAAGACGGGCAAGUAAGGCAGUUGGAGGAUUUGGAUCGUUUGAUACAGGUGCUAGAUUCCUUGUGGUAGAUCUGGGAGGAGGAACAGUCGAUAUAACAUCAAACGAAAUCAUGGAAUCUGGACAAUUAAAGGAAAUACACAGUGCCUCUGGUGGACCAUGGGGAGGUAACACGAUCAAUACAAGAAUAUGGAAACUCUUGCGAGGAAUUUUUGGUGAUAAAGUAGUAACAAAGUUCAUCGCAGAACAUCGAGACGAAUACCUCGAUCUUGCGAGAAGAGUUGAAUUAAAAAAGCGAACUGUUACUCCUGAUGGAAAAAUUACACUUGAAAUUGAAAGGUCGUUAAUUAUAGAGGCUCAGAAUUUCAAUCCGGACAUAAUUGCUGAGGAAUAUAAGGAUAAGGUUAAACUAAUUAGAAACAAGCUUAUUUUUUCUCCCGAUGUUGUGCUGCAAAUUUUUAAAGACGGCAUCGACAAAAUCAUCAUGUAUGUGCAAGAUUUAUUGGACCAACCGGAAACAAAGGGGGUUUCAACUAUCCUUCUGGUUGGUGGAUACGCAGCAUGUGACCUUCUAAAGGAUGCAAUGAAAACAAAGUUUAAUGAACUUACCGUCAUUUGUCCUCUUGAUCCGGAUUUAGCUGUAUUGAAUGGAGCAGUUAUUAUGGGCCACAUGGACACUCCUAUUAUUGGUAGAAUUGCAAAGUUUCAUUACGGCAUUGCGUUUUUGUCUGGUGUCGAACAGUCAAAAAAAUUGACCUCAACCGUAGAAGAAUUCCAUACCAUUAUUCGAAAAGGUCAUCCUAUCCAGGUCAAUGAAGUCGUCACCGGAUACGAUUUUCCGAUAAUUUUCAACAAGGAAGAAGCUUUGAUACAAAUUUACGCCUCCGAUAAUGAUGAGCCACCGCAAAUAAUUUCUUCCGAUAACUGCAGGAAAAUAGGUCAGAUCCGUAUAAAAUUACCCAAAUUUAGAAGGGAAGCACGUCUUAAGAUAGGAAUAUCAACUAGUGAAACAGAAUUCAAAGUAGUUGCCAGAGAUGAACAUACGGGAAUAUGCUUUGAAGGUGUUUGCAGCUUUCUUAAUUAAACCUUUUGAAGUAAUGCCAACAUUAUUAUUCAUAUUGUACAGGACUACAUUUAGCAGCUGAUUUUUAUUUAACUUUUUUCAAAUAAAUUUAUGUCGAGGAA